AUGGUAUAUCAAGAGCUAAUGCAAUCGUCCAGUCAUGUUACCAGUCUAGCUUCGUCCCUGUACCAGCUACAGCAGCGGGGUUACAUCUGCGACUGUACCAUCCAGACAUGCCAGGCAAACCUUAACGUCCACCAGGUGGUGCUGCUGGCAAGUGGCAGUCCUUACUUUCGAAAACAAUUGUGUCGAGUGACUAACACUGGUCAGGUGGAUUCCAGUUCUGUGCUUCUCAAGGAUCAGGACUUGUUUGUUGUUCAGGCUGUUGUCCAGUUUAUGUACACGGGGGAGAUGUACAUAACGCCAUGUAAUGUGGACAAAGUUUUCAAUGUGUGCAGUCUAUUGGGACUCGAGGAGGCUGUCAAACUCUGUCAGAUGUUCAGACAGACACAUAAAUGUAGUACUGACCAGGAAACAUUAAAGGAAACUGCAGAUUCAGGCCUGGAAUCUUCUAUGCUUAAAGAAAAAAGUUCUCUAGAGGUGCAAAAACAUUUUAGAUCAGAAAACAUUGUCCUACAGAAAAAUAUCAUAUCUCGUGCUGCUAAGAACGAUGUCACAUUCGUUGACAUGGCGCAACCUAACAUUCCUUCUUCAACUAGGCGUAGAGAGGGAAGUGACAAGGGGAAAAUUGAUACAAAUUUUAACCUUUCUAGAUCUGAUGAGGGCAACAAUGAUAACUCUGAUAUCCAAACUAAAGAAUUCUGUGAGGAUGAGGAUGGCAAACAAGAGGCAGAAUAUGCAGCCCCUCUUCUCAGAUCAACUGCAGCUCGAGCAAACAAACCUGACUCAAAAUCUCAACAGGAUUCUAUUAUUCUAAGGUCUCAGAAAGCAAAAUGUUCACUUACAAAAUCUGAUGAU